AUGGAAAAGAGUAAGGAAGAGUGGUGCAGUGGCCGAGAGGUGGAGCUCUCGCCUCAUGAUCAUAACCCAGAUGGAUGUUUCUCCCAACACUUGCAAGCAAGAUCCAACAUCCUGGCUAAGUGGAUUCGGACAGAGCUGAGCUACAGGGGGAGGCGCCAGGAGGAAGAGGCGGAGCCUGGCCGAAAGGGGACGGAGGUCGCUCUAGCCCUCACUUUCGGAAUCAGAGAGGCGACGGAAGAACCUUUUCGAUUCAGUUGCGCAUGCGGCCGGAUGCAGCCCUCACUUUCGGAAUCAGAGAGGCGACGGAAGAACCUUUUCGAUUCAGUUGCGCAUGCGGCCGGAUGCAGGUGGGGCGCAGGGGACGCCGGGAGUCGCAGUCUUGGAGGCUCCUCCGGAGAAGAGAGGCCUAGUGGGGAGGAGAAGCCGGGGCACCCGAGGCCUCGUCUGGCGGGGGACGCUGGGAGGGAGGCCCGUGAGAGGCGGAGGCUUCGGCCUGGGCCUCCCCUGCGGGGAAGGAGACGCAGCCGUGACCCGCCUCUCUCUUUCUCUCCCCUGCAGGAGGACGGAGGAGCCCGGCGGGGGAAGGAAGGAAGCGCCGCCCGAGAGGAGGAGGAGGAGGAGAGCAGGCCCCGCGGAGCAGCCCUGCCCGGUCCCGGCGCGGCUUCCCCGGGAGACGGCGAGGAAAGGCCGGGGGGCUCCGGGGCUGCCGGAGGGCUGAGCCCAGGGGGAGCCCGGGAAAGGCGGCUGCCUGGAGGGCGAUGCGGGGAGGAGGAAACGGGCGGAGACCCCGAGACGGUCCUGGAGGGCGGAGGCUCCUUCGGAAGACCUGGGAGGCCCCCAAGGAUCCAGGAGGGAGGAAAGGAAAAUCAGUGCCUGGAAUGUGGAAAAUCCUUCAAAAGAAAUGGAGAUCUUCAAAGGCAUCUAAGGAUCCACUCAGGAGAAAAACCUUAUAAAUGCUUUGAGUGUGGAAAGAGCUUCUGUUACAGGAGCAGCCAUGAUAGACAUCAAAGAAUCCAUACAGGAGAAAAACCUUAUAAUUGCCUGGAGUGUGGAAAGAGUUUCACUCAAAGGAGCAGCCUUUAUAAACAUCAAAGGAUCCACUGGAGAGAGCAGACAAAUAAAUGCCUGGAGGGCGGAGGCUCCUUCGGAAAGCCCUGGAAUCACCAAAGGAUCCAGGAGGGAGGAGAGAAAUAUCAGUGCCUGGAAUGUGGAAAAUCCUUCAAAAGAAAUUCCCUUCUUAAAGUCCAUCUAAUAACCCACACAGGAGAAAAACCUCAUAAAUGCCUGGAGUGUGGAAAGACCUUCAGUCAUAGGAGCAGCUAUAACAGACAUCAAAGGAUCCACACAGGAGAAAAACCUUAUAAAUGCUUUGAGUGUGAAAAGAGUUUCAGUCAAACAAGCAGCCUUUAUGCACAUCAAAUGAUCCACUCAGGAGAAAAACCUUAUAAAUGCCUGGAAUGUGGAAAGAAGUUUGGUCAUAGCAGCAACCUUUAUAAACAUCAAAGGAUCCACUGGCGAGAGAAACCGAAUAAAUACCUGGAAGGCGAAUGGUCCUUUGAAAGACCCUGGAUCCAGGAGGAAGGAAGGAAAUAUCAUUGCCCGAACUGUCAAAAAUCUUUCAAAAGGAAUGACCAUCUUCAAAGCCACCUAAUUAUCCACACAGGAGAAAAACCUCAUAAGUGCCUGGAGUGUGGAAAGAGGUUCAGUCUGAGGAGCAUCCUUUAUACACAUCAAAGAAUCCACUCGGGAGAGAAACCAUACAAAUGCUUGGAGUGUGGAAAGAGCUUCAGUCAGUUGGGAAACCUUCAUACACAUCAAAAAAUCCACUCGAGAAAGAAGCCAUACAAAUGAUUAAAUUAAAAAAAUGUUUUAUAUA